AUGGAUUUUCCGGAAGAGUCACUCGCCAGAACAGGGGAAGGGAAUUCGGAACUCAAUCACCAAGUGGACCUUCCCAUUGUCUAUGCCUGCAACAAAGGAAGAGGUGAGCUACCAACUCGUCACCUCCCCUCUCGUUCCACUUCUGUCUGUUCUUUCAUUGUAAAGUGUCGGAUUCUGGUCUUUUUGGAACAUGAAAGUGUUCCGUGGGCUCAUUCCGAAUUAAAAAAAAAGUGCUUAGUUUCGUUGGAAAAACCAACGCAAAUAUUGACUUUCAAGUCUCUCUUUGGGGGGGAGCAGAGCACGUUGACAGAGGUUCAUAUGAGGCGUGAAGGUGCAUUGGCUCUCUAUGGGAAUACUACAUCAAGUGAUCUUAAAUUUAUGCUUUCCAAAACGGAAAUGUCUUUAGAUAGUCUGUCAAGUACAUCUUCCACUAGGUCAGACGCUGGAAGCGCCCCGACUGACCCGGUGGAGAUACUUGAUAGAAUAUCUACUGAAUCUUCGAAGUGGGUCGAUCUUAAUGGUCGGCAAUUACCUCCUGAAUGGAGUAUGCCUGACCUUGUUCGGGCGGUAAUAGCUGACGAUCGUAUUUACAAUGAGGGCUUUCUUACAUUUUGGUAUUACGAUAUGAUGUUACAGGGACAAGAUGCUUGGUUAUGCGAAGAAAUUUUAACGUUUUUAGACCUCAUUAAUUAUGUCUUCUAG